AUCAUGGGGGCUGGGAGUGCCAAGGGGCUACAGCAGCCUGACGAGGACGAAGAGGAUCGGUUUUCGUCCUCGAGCGAGCAAUGGGGCAACGACCAGUCUGCUUCAGACGACAGCGGAAGGAAAGACCGGGACACGUCGCCCGAGUCCGACGUAGAGCCGAAAGCGCCGCCUGCAGUAGAGAACGGCGAGAGUUCGGGGCAUGAGGAGAUGGAGGGGAAGAGGAGAGGCCUUUUCCACUUCUCCAAAAAGAAGGACGAGAGCGACAAAGACAGAGUCGACGAGUUCGUGGACGAAACGAACGAGGACGACAAAAAGAAGAAAGGGGGAACGAAGAACAACAAAGACAAUGCGAAGAAGGACAAUGAGAAGAAGGGCUUCAGACUCUUCGGCUGGAGGAAGGACGACAAGAAGAACGAGAAGGACGAAGCCCUCGACGACGACAUCAACGACCUCGAGAAGACCUUCGACUCCCUCGGGAUCGUCGGCAAGAACUCGUGGGGCGACGCUCCUGCAAACCCCCCGAAGGAGGCGGUGGACGACCUGGAGCUCCUGGAGCCCAUGAGGAAGAGAAAAAACGUCCGAGUGCGAGGUCCGAAGGGCAUGAACGGCGUCGUGGCGGGAGGGACCAAAGGGCAGAGCGGCAGCGGAGGGAGCGGGAACAGCGACUUGGGAUCGACCACGUCAAGAAGGACCUUCAAGUACUCGUGGGAGACGGAGACGGGGUCCUCAACGCCGAAGCAGCAGGAGGACGAGUGGGAGUACAAAGCGGUUGUGAUCGAGGGCUUCGAUAUAGAGAAGUUUAGGAAAGCGAAUGUAAAGGAGCAGGUGUUCGACAGCACUAGCCUUCCCAAUGCCAUAGGGGACGACUUCACCACACGAGAAAUGAAGUCUCCUCCCUUGCGGUAUGACCAGAACGAGCAACAAAUCCUAGCGAGCAUUGAACGAGACUUCAUCCACUGAUAGAGAGAGAGCGAGUACAAAGGUAUUUCAUUAAGUGUUAGUGUAUGGAUAGUGGUAACUUAAUAAAGAAAGGAAAGAAAAAGAAAAGAUAAGAAAAGAAAAAAACUACACGAAUACUUGUUUAAAAAACUAUAAGAAAAUAUAUGGAAAGAAAAGGAAACUGAACAUACGUUAUAAAGGGAUAUAGUGAAAGUAGUGCUUGGAAUUCACGAAACGAAAUAAGGCAUAUCACUUUAUUUCGACAAUACUUUUAACAAAGUCCGUGAAAUAGAAGUGAAAAGUGAAAAAUGGGAAAAGUGUCAAUAGUGGAAGGAAGUGUUCUUUCUGUGACUGAUAAA